AUGAAAUUCCCCAAAUUAAAGGCCUUUUACUUAACCUUCGCUUUCGUAUUACUGUUGCUGUGCGCGGCAAAUGCAUCCAAAUACUCUUUAGUCUACAUUCUUUAUGGGUAAGGGCGCAUUCUAUAUGGGUAAGGGUGAACUUGUGUGUGUAGGGGGAGGUAGGGUGACAUUGUGGUGGUUUUAGGACAGGGUAUGGUAGAAAAUGGAUUUUUGAAGGGCGGGGUAGAAAUUUUUUGUGCAAGGCGGGGUAGAUAUAAUGGGCUAGAAUCUUUACUAGGGCAUGGUAAAUUUAGUAGAGGGGGUAGUUUUGAAAAAGUUUUUUAAUUUGUUUUUUCGAAAAAGGUAAUAUAAAAAAUUUUUUAGGGCAGGGUAAUUUUUUGACAGGGGUGGUUUUUAAAUAAAAAUAAAUUUUAUGAACGAAAAAAAUUUUUGGGCGGUGUAAAUUAGAGGUGAAUUUCAAAAAUUUUUUAAAUGGUUAAAAAUUUUAGGGCAGGCUAAAUUUGGGGCGGAUUUUCAAAAUGUUUUGUUAGUAAAAAAUACACAAAAAUUGAAAAUCCACUCCCAGUUUACUCUGCCUUAAAGUUUUUUAAAUAUAAAAAAAAUUUUAAAUUCAAAAGUAAAAAAAAUUUUAAAAGAACGAUUUUUAAAUAAAUAUUACCCAAACCAAUGUUACAGACAUGAUCUCAACAAAUGCGCCUCUAGUCAAGACCCGAUUAACACAUUAACGGCCGAACAAGACAUAAUCUCGCACAAUCUCACCGAUCUAAUCAACUCCUCAUUAUAUCACAUUGAAGACGACAAAACAGUGGAACAAGAGUCGAAGCAGGCGAAAGAAGAGCUGGAACUUGUGGAUAAAGGUAGGGUUUUGGUAACAUACGUCGCCAAUUGGGUUAAAUUGUAUUAAUUUUCUUACUUUAUUUCUUGAGUAAUCAAAAUAACGGAAACUUGUAAUAAAAACAGCAAAAACUUUCUUUCCAAAGCAGAAAACAACAAAAACUCUUUACAAUUCACAAAAUGACAAAAUUUAUAACAGGUAUGCUUUAAAAUGCUCAAAAACUUUUUUUCCACCUAGUGUUCCUUGAACUUUUUAUAAUCAAGCGCACCGUUGCUUAACUUGCCAGAUCGGACGGGUCCGCGCUUUCGCACUGUGCAAACAAGACAAAUGGCGCUGCACGGUGCAGAAAUUAACCUUUUGGCAAUAACUUUGUUUACAAUGAUAGGAAAUGGCAUUUCAUAAAAUUUUUGAGUUUUGGCAGAACUGUUUUUACAAUUUUAUUGAUUUUUGAGAGCAUAGCUGCUUUUGCACGGUGCAGAGAGAGAAAAAUGUAUUUUGGGCAAUAAUUUUGUUUGCAAUAAAACAAUUGAAAGUACAAUUGAAAUGUAAUAAAGAUUAGCUUAAAUAUAGGUAAUAAACCUAGUUUUUUAAAAUACUGUUUAGGAUAACAAAAUAACAAUAAUAAAAACACUGUUUUAGGUAACAAAAUAACAUUAAUAUCAUUUCAGCAGCCGAAAAGCCUUCAGAAAAGCCUCAAACACCUCCAGCACAGCCACCCAUAGCCACAUUCGAAGAAUGGACAAAAGAAAAGCUGUCGAAAGACAAGAAAAAGCGAAUCGACCAAAAAACCGACCAGCUAAACCCAAAAACAAAUGAAUCGACCAAAAAUUCGGUUGAAAAAGAAUCGACCGAGAAGGCUAAAACUUCAGAAUCGGCAGAAUCUACAGAAAUUCAAAAAGGCGCACCAACUGACCCAAAAACAGCACCAGUUGUGGUACCAACUCCAGUGGUACCUAUCGUACAGCCGAAACGAAAUUAUGCCUCUAGGGAAUGUGGCGCUAAAGUUUUGAUGUCGAAUGAAGAGGCCGAACACGUGAAAGCGGUGCUGAACGACAAAGAACGCGACGAAUAUAUGCGAAACCCGUGCGAAAAGGCCAAAAACAAGUUCAUGAUCAUCGAGAUGUGCGAAACUAUUCAGGUAAAAUACGCACUGUCUUCUUACACUUCUUUAUAGGGUGGUUUUAAAAUACGUUUUUUUAAAUGUAUUUAAAAAGCCGUUAAAUUUUAAUUUUCGGGACGGGGUAAUAAAAACCAUUUUGGGCGGGGUAAAUUUUUUAAGGGGCGAGGGGGGGGAAGGAGGGGUGAGUAAAAAAAAUUUUUUUUAAAUGAAGGGUUUGGUUUUUUUUUGGCCGAUUAAAAUUUUUUUUUUUGAUUAAAUUUUUUUUUGGGCAGGGUAAAAUUUUUAGAGGAAUGGGGAGGCCAGUAGAAUUUUUUUUAAAAUUAAGGCUUUAACUUUAAAAUAAUGGUAAAUUUUUUUAAAUUUGUGGGCGGGUUAUUUUUUGCAGAGGGGUGAUGGGGGUGGGGUAGAUAAAAAGAUGAAAAAAAAAGUUUUGGGCGAGGUAUUUUUUGCUAAUUUUUCGUGCAGAGGGUCUGGGACGUUUCUAUUUUACUUCAUUCUCCUUGUUCUUCUACACCUAUCUUUAUCUAUACUCUUACCCCUACCACCACCCCUAAACCUAGCUUUGUUCCUCCUCUUCCCUACCUCUACCAUUAGCUUUAAAUCUUCCUGUACUCCUACUCUUACCCAUAAAUCUACCCCUACCACUACUUCUUUCACUACACUUAUCUCUACUCUUACCUCUACCACUAGCCUUAACUCAACCUUUACCUCUACUCUAACUCCAACUUCUUCAUCUACUACUACCCUUACCACUACUCGUGCUUUUACCUUUAUUCAUCCUUCUCCUAUAAAAAAUCUGUACGAACCUCUCUGGAGGGGUGGUUUGUAAUUUUUAUUUUCAAUUUCAUCAAUUUUUAAAAAUUUUAUACUUUUUGCCAUUUCAGCCAACUCUGUUAGAAAUCGCGAAUUUCGAACUGUUUUCAUCAGGCCCUCGAGAGAUCCAGCUAUCGAUCGCGGAACGAUACCCAACCAUCGAUUGGCACGUUGUGGGUCGAUUCACCGCCGAAGACACGAGGGAAAUGCAGAGCUUCAACUUUGAACCAAAUGGCAUUUAUGCCAAGUUUAUUAAGGUGGGUAUGGGUUUUGAAAUUUUAAUUUUUUUUGGUUACUGUAAGAUCUGGAGUUUUUGUGGGCUACUGUAACAUGGGUUUGCUUAUUUUUAGGUUUUGAUUAGUCUUUAGGCUGAUGUUUUUACAAAAACACUAAUUUUGAUGUCCUACUAUACCUAAAAAUAUAUUUUUUACAUUUUUCAGCUAGACUUACUAUCCCAUUACGGUAGAGAACAUUACUGCACAUUGUCCACAAUACGAGUCUCAGGAAUGUCAAUGGUCGAUGAAUACGAAGCCGAAGCCAUCUCAGAACAAGUACAAACCCAACCCCAAAUCCCACCCCCAAAAGUAGAAAAAGAAGAACAGAAAGAAGAAGCAAAAGAAGAAAAAAUAGAAAAGAAAGAAGAAGAGAAAGCGGAAAAAGAAGAAACAACAGACAAAAAGAUCCUCGGAACGAUUGUUGGAACAUUAGGCAAACUCGGAGCAGUCUUUACCGGAGGGCACAAUUUGAAAAACGAAGAGCUGUGGCAGGAAAAGGACAGCAAAAUGUAGGUUUUGUUACCUAAAGUUUGAGGAAAUGGCCAUAACUUUGCUUUAAAGCUGAAAAAUUGCAAGAACUUUCUUUACAGAACCAAAAAUGGCAAAACUUUCUUUACAGAACCAAAAAUGUCAAGAACUUUCUUUACAACACAAAAAAUGGCAAGAACUUUCUUUACAGAACCAAAAAAUGGCAAGAACUUUCUUUACAAUAUGAAUAACGUCGAUUUUUUAAAAAAAUGUACUAAAUGCACCACUUUAUUAAUUUUUUUCCAGCUUAUCAACAAGAGCAUGCUUUUCUCAGUGCAAUACGAAACAACACAACUUCAACACAACUGACUAUCAAUGCUUUCUAUUUGGCACAAGAGCCAAUCUAAAAAAGCCUCAAAAAGCGGUACCAACAGUACCAAAAGCAAAAAUUCAAAAAGGAAUCACAAAAGCUCAAAAAACCUUACUUCGUGCCAUUUUGGUCAGUAAAACAUGCCCAACGGCUAUGAAUCGUCCGGUCGAACCGAAAAUAGUCGAUAAACCGGUCGAAAAGAAAUCGACCAAAAAUGACAGUGAAAAAGGACCAGACACUCAAUUGGUACCAGCAGAAACACAAAAGGAAAAGAAAGAAGAGAAAAUAGAAGUAAAAGAAGAUGAAAAAGCGAAGAAUGAGGGAAUUAGUACUGGUAAUGGCGCUGGUGUUACUACUAAUGGUGCUGCCGGUACUGGAGGUGCUCAAAUAGGUGGAGAUCAGACUGUUCAACAACAAUUUGUACCUAAAAGUGAGAUUCUUUACUUUUGAUGGGUAAAUUUGAACAAGGGAGCUUACUGUCGUAUAACUUGUCACCCGCAGACUGCACAAUAAGGAAAUAUUAUUUUUUAUAUGAAUAUUGGCAAGAACUUUCUUUACAAAACAAAAAAUGGCAAGAACUUUAUUUACAAAACAAAAAUGGGAAGAACUUUUUUUUACAAAACGAAAAAUGGCAAAAACUUUUUUUUACAAAACGAAAAAUGGCAAGAACUUUCUUUACAAAGCAAAAAAUUAAAAGAACUUUCUUUACAAAACAAACUUUAAUUGAAAAUCUUAUGAAAAUGUGCCGUUUUAGAUGUGAACUCUCUACCAGGCACCGCCUCAACCCACAAAGAAUCCGUCUUCAUGAAGUUGAACAAGCGUUUAUCAGCUCUAGAGCUGAACAUCUCACUAUCCACUGAGUACCUGAACGAACUGUCACGUCGUUACGUGGCACAUCAAGAAGAGUAUAACAAGCAACGUGAACGUGAUCAAGAAUUCCUGAAAGAGCUGGUCAAAAACGCCGGAAAACAGAUCAAAAUCACGUACGAAAGCCAGAUCUCGGACAUUAAACGCGAACUCGAGGACAUAACACGCAAGAUACGAAGCCUAAGCAGGGAAUACCGACAAUUCGAUAGCUAUUGCAAUAGGUUUUACAGUUUUAAAGCCGAUCCUUUCGAAAGAAGUCUGAGUGUACCGGAAAGAAACUGUGGCCAAGCAGAGGAGAAGAACGUGAGAAUGAUAACCAAUGUGAAGGAGGAAACAAUCGAGAAUGGCGUGGAAGUGAAGAAAAGCCUGGAAAUGGAAGAGACUUUCAUUGGGACUGAAGGGUGGGUUUUUUUUUAAAAUUAUUGUUUUGGGUGGGGGGGGGGCAAAAAAUUUUGAGGCAGGACAAAACAUUUUUUGGGGGGCUAGAAAAAAUGUGUUUUCAGUUUGAAGAAGAUGUUUUUUUGGGCGCGGUAAAAAAAAUUUUGGUAGGGGUAAAAAAAAAUUUUUUUUGGUGAGGGGGGGGCAAAUCAAAUUGUGGUUUGAAAAAAAUGCCCUUUGAACGAGUGAAAAAUGUUUUUUUUGGGCGGGGUAAAAAUAUUUUUAAGGGCAGGGUAAAAAAAGUUUUUUGAGCAUGGUAAAAUUUUUUUUUGGGCAGGGUAAAAAUACUUUUUAAUUUUAAGAAGUUUUGGUUAGCAUUACUAAUGCCUUAUACGACAUAUAAAGAAAGAUACCUCGAAGAAAAUUGAAGUAAAACCCCAACACUCGCAGUCAUUUGUUGGGUCGUUUUACAUCGAGGCAAAUAUUACAUAAGAAAAAGUUACGUAAUAUCGUUUUUGGCAAUUUCUCUAAGGCUAUUUUAGUUGUAUCAUUAGUAUUAGGUAACGAUACAUAUUUUGACAAACAUUAUUUAUGUUGUGAAGGCUGAUAAACCGUUGAUGAAAAAUCAUUGAUAUGCUUAGGCUUAGUGGGCUUAAGUUUAGUAGGCGUACGCUUAAUAGUCUUAGUAGACUUAGGUUUAAUAGACUUUGGUUUUGUAGGAUUGGCCUUAAUCUUAUUAAGCUUAUGCUUAAUAUUUGUAUGUUUAGUAGGCUCAGGAGAUUUAAGCUUAAGCGUAGCUGGCUUAGGCUUGAUCUUUGUAUGGUUAGACGUAGCAGGCAUAGGAUUUGUAGGCUCAGGCCGCGUAGGCUUACGAUUACUAGGCUUAGCUUCAAAAACUUAAACUUUAGCAGGCUUAAGUUCAGUAAGCCUAAAGGUUUUUAUAACUUUUUUAAAAUAUUUCUGAUUUUUAAAAUUUCAACUCUAAUUCUGUCAUUUUCAGACAAUGGUCGAACACAGAAGUCCUCAUUUUUGUCGCAUUCAUUCAACUCUUAACUAUCCUAACAGCCGUCAUCCUAGUCAUCUUGUACACUAAAUUCUACGCUAAAGAAUCCUUCUUGCCGUCGAAGAAGGAGCUACAAAAGAAGGAACGAACUCAGUCACCAUCAGUCGAAGAGAUUAGACGAAUGGUACAGGAAGAGGUGCGACGAUCAACUCCAGUCACGGUGCCAAGAAUGGACGAAAGGAAACGACUGAAAAGACCAAGCAGAUUCAGCGAAAGCGAGGACAUGGGUAAUAUGAUGGUCGGAAAUGAAGGAAAUGGUAGGUUCAGCUGGUUGAUUUUGAUUUUUUGAAGUUCAGGUAAUAAAAUAAGGGAAAAUUUAUUAAAAUUGGAAUUUUUAGAGGGUGGGGGGUUAAGUAAAAAAAAAUAAGUGGUAAAAAUGAAAUGUAAAGUGGAAGGGGGGGGGGACAUGAAAAAUGGAAUGUAGGAUUGAUGAGGUAGAGGGGGGGAGGGGGGGGUAAUUUUUUAUUUUUUAAAAUUCUUGUUGUUGUUCAGGCUUAAAAGGACGAUUUAAUGUUGUCUUAACUGUGUAGCUAAAAAAAUUUUAAACAUAGGCCGUAGCCUGCCAUGACAAAAAAAAACUUUUUUGUUAAAAAAUGCUUUUAUCUUUUGAAUUAUGGCUAUAUAAAGCUGGAAAUGUCAAUUUUAGUCAAUGUUUUUAUAUUGAAAAUGACUUUUUUUAAAUUUUUAAAUGGGAAAAAGAAAAAUAGGUAUCAAAUGACAGCUUGUAUGUACAUAGGUUUAUUGAUUAAAUCACUUAAAAAAUGAUUAAAACAUAGGCUUUUUUCUAAAAAAUAGAGAGAUUGAUUAAAAAUUAGGUUGUAGAUCAAUGUUCGACAUAGUAGAACAAGAACAUGUAUCAUAAUAUACAUGUUGCGGUGAAAUUGUAUAUCUUUAGGUAUAUUAAUAUAUAGUUAUAGAUAUAUUAUAGUAGGAAAAUGUUAGAUAUGAUAAAAGAACACAGUUGGUGGGUGAAGGGGAGUAUUCUUGAUUAGUAUGGAGUUCCAAAAGUCUUGUCGUUUUUGGUAUAAGUGGUGAAGGGUAGAAAGCGACAAGACUUUUGUGGCAGCGUAAUAUAAUACCAUAUUGACUAUGAUUAGUAUCUUUUGUUUGAAGAGUAUGAUGUUAGGUAUGGAUAUGAUAGUAUUGAUAAAGUAUGGUGUGAUAGUAUUGUUUAAAGAUAGUAUGAUAGUCGGUAUGGAUAGGAUAGUAUUGGUCAAGAAUGGUAUGAUAGUAGGUCUGGAUAGAAUAGUAUAGAUCUUGAAUGAUUGAAUAACAUUUUAUAUGCUUUGAAUGGUUACAAGGUUGAUUAGUAUUAAGUAUAUGAUAUAGAUGAUUGUUAGUGAUUACAAGAGACAAAUAUUAUUGAUUAAACAUUGAUUAAAGUGAUAAAGAUUAUUGAUUAAAUAUUGAUUAGUUAUAGUGAUAAAGAUCACAAAAAGUCAUCAGAAGACGAAUAGGUAUCAAAAAUAAGUUAGUACAUAGUCGUAUUCGUUGCUAUCAUACCCAAAAGCUUGAUAGCAAGCAUUGUCGUAGCCUCGUUCCUCUUCUCUCUUCUUGUUUCUCUUCUUCUUGAACCAGUAAACAUUGUUCUGAAGCCAGUGAACUAGAUUCAGAAUCUUGUAGGUCAGGGCUGUGGCCAUUUUGGCUUACUAUGGGUAGUAAGGAGCUUAGGGAGUUAGAUAAGAGUUUUUUUGGACAUAGUAAGGUAGUAGUUGGUCCUGAAAGUAGAGUAAAAUACAGUGGAAUUUCAGUACAACGAAUCGUUCGGAAAUUUAAAAUUGUUUGUUAUGAAGAAGUUUUGUUAUAGAGGAGUUUUACAUGUACUGUAGAGUGUUGGCCGGGGAUUUGAAAGUUGUUCGUUAUACGGGAUGUUUGUUGUAGAGGAGUUUGUUAUACAGGAGUUACACUGUAAGUUUUUAAUGGAACUCCUGUAUAACGAACUCUUCUAUAACGAAAAUUCUGUAUAACGAACAACUUUUGAAUCGCCGACCAAUACACUACACAGUGCAUUUAAGACUCCUCUAUACCGAAACUCCUUCAUAAUGAGCAAAUUUAGAAUUUUAGAGCAAUUUGUUAUAAAGGAGUUCUAAUGUAUUAUACUAAAAAACGGUUACGCAAAGUCUAACAAUGAUAUAGAAGAACGAAAUGAAAAAAAAAUGUACAUUAUUACUACUUAUAUACUCAUUUUUACCGUAAAUAUGGGUAGAAAGCUUAACUCUAUCGCUAGACAUAAAAAAUUUGUUUUUAUGACACCGUCGUGGCUUUCGACUUUUACCUCUACUUCUAGUCCUAGUUUUGCCCUUAUCCUAGAGGCUUUUAGUGGCUCUUUUAAGGAAAACUUUUGCUUUUCCUCCUCCCCUUUCUUUGCAACCUACUCUAAAAUAACCUGACUCUAGUCAUGGCUAUAGGUAUGAUUAUAAUACGCUUAAUAAAAAACUACUUUACCAGUCUAAUAUGACUUUUGAAUAAUAGGAAAAACUAACACGACAGAAUUCUUACAAAUCUGUCCAAUUAACACUUUUACUGAUCUUAAAUGAGCAUUCUUCAACAAUAACAAGCUUAUUUUGAUUGUUAAUUGCAAUAUUUGGGGAUUAAGGUCAUUUAUUAUGACUGUCAGGCUAAUUAGGGCAUUUUUAAUCGUAUUUGCCAACUAAAAAACUUUAAUUGGCUUUUGUCUUCUUUUCUGAUAUUUUGGCUAGCGGAAAAAUUAUGAAGACCAAACUUUUGGAUUAGAAAGUAACAUAAUAUGACAGUUUUUUGCGCUUCAGCCACUAAAAACCACUGUUUUCAGCACAUUCCCAACCCCACCAGACCAACCUAACCCCUCUACGUCAUCGUCGUCGCGCUACAAUUCAGCACGACGUAGGGUCAGAAGAGGAGCUGAUGGAAAUGCACGGCUCCACUCCAUCACUACAAGACUCAUCGUUGGCUGGCACAUCGAUAAGUUCUAGAAGAACCUCGAGUGAUUCAAUGAUGGAGAACAAUCUGAAAGCAAGCCCACGCAAGGAACAGUCUCCGCCAUGGUUGACGGUGCGCCAAGCCAAGUGGAAGAAGAACAAGAAAAGCAACAAGAAAAUGAGUUAG